UCGAGUCGAACGCACUCGAAUGCAAGUGUUUUCUUGAGUCAGUUGUUCGAUUGCAUUCGCCCUCGCACAGUGCCAAACAGCUGAACGCGAUCACAGUCUAAAAUUCACGCACGGCCAUUGUGCGUUCACAGUUGCACUCUACGAAGCAAAGUUUGUUGUUUUCCCAGUCGAUUGUUGUGAUUCGUGUGAUUGCGUCGCGAUAAUCGAGCGUGCUCGCGAUUAAACGUUUGCCCGUAGGUGCAUUCGCAUUCACGCACACGGUCGCGCUGCUGCGUCGCUUGGAUGACGGUGGCGUGACAGCGACACCGAGCUCCGUCGACGUCGUCGCCGUCGUCGUCGUUGCAGUCAAUCGUUGUUCGCGUGCGCAUCGCGAGAUAAGCCCCGCCGAGGAGUCGCGAUGUCGUCGCCCAGCGCUGGCAAGCGACGCAUGGACACGGACGUCAUAAAACUAAUUGAAAGUAAACACGAAGUAACAAUCCUCGGUGGACUGAAUGAUUUUUGUGUUAAGUUUUACGGUCCACGUGGAACACCAUAUGAAGGAGGUGUCUGGAAGGUGCGUGUCCACCUGCCGGAGCAUUAUCCUUUCAAAUCGCCUAGCAUAGGGUUCAUGAACCGCGUUUAUCAUCCCAACAUCGACGAAGUAUCCGGCACCGUGUGCCUGGAUGUGAUUAAUCAGGCGUGGACCGCCUUAUAUGAUCUGUCGAAUAUUUUCGAAUCGUUUCUGCCACAGCUGCUCACCUAUCCGAAUCCGAUUGAUCCACUCAACGGUGAUGCGGCGUCAAUGUAUCUUCAUAAACCGGAAGAAUACAAGAAGAAAGUUUCAGAAUAUGUACGUCGAUUUGCGACAGAGGAAGCUCUCCGCGGGCAGGAGACCAAUGUGAGCUCCGAUAGCGAAUCGAGCAUGUCGGACUUCUCCGAGAACGAGGCCGAGGACAUGGAGUUAUAACGUCGGUGGUGCGCCAUCGCGAUCGCGUCGUAACACGACACCGCGCACCGCGCGCGCGGUCCUUCAAACAACCACCCCCCAUCGCCAACCCCCUUUAUCCGACACAUCACCACUACCGCCACCGAAUCGUUUACGCGCUCACUCAUAUAAACCAUGAACAAAACCAAAACCGCAGUCCACCAUUCACCGCCAUUGUAUCAUUAGCAUUAUAGUCAAACGCAAUCAUGAAGUUGAGUGAAUUUUCGUUGAGGGAUGCGAAAUUGAGUCGGUCUUAACCAUUCUAAUCAUUCGUUCGGUGUUCAUGAGUCGCGCGUGCGCACGCUCUUGCACUUUCAGCGACUUCACGUUCAAGAAUAUAUCGUCGGUAGUUCGUAAGGAGAGUAAGCGUUCGUUUUUCUGUUGAUAAAAGAGUUCUUUCUUAAUUAAUUCUUUAAAUGAUAAAAUACUUAGUUGUAAUGUUAUAUGAUGUAUGAAUUAACGAAGCGUUAUAUUGUAAAACACAACCUACCAAUCGAUCAUGAUGCGGCGAGCAACACGAGUAGCAAGUUAUUCUGUAGAUGAACCAACUGGUUCGAGAUGAAAUGUAAUUAAGUUCGCUUCGUCGUUCGUUCGCUGGAUUGUUGUUAGCGUGUUUACUUAAAAGAAGACGAUCGCUGAUUGAUCGUCAUCACGGGUUGGAUGGAAGCAAUGAAAUUUUCUCUGGGCAAGAUGACUAAACAAUUUAAAGAUGAAAAACAUUAAAAAAAAAACAAUGAAAUCUAUUAGCUAUUUUCAAUACGUGGAGCGUCGGAUAACAAGCGAAUCACAGCGAGCAAACCUUUGUAAUUAAAAUUUUAUUAAUUAUAAGAGUAUUUCUAAUAUUCAGAUACAUAUUUCAAGAAGAAAAUUAAUUUUAAAUAAUAAAUAUACAUGGAAUCUAAAAACAA